AUGUGUUACAGGCAGUUUGAACAUUGCAACACAGGUACUAAUAUGUUUGUUGAAUCGUUUCAUAACAAACUGAAAACAUUCUUUAUGGAAAGAAGACCGAAUAAAAGAAUUGACGACCUCAUCAAUUUGCUGCUAACCAUUGAAGAAGAGGACUAUUGGCGUAGAAAGAGAAGCCUGACUUAUUACGGAAAUUUAAAAAAUAUUUCUAUUGAGGACUCAAGGCAUACCAAAGGUUUAAACAUAUCAGACGCUAAAGUGGAAAAGCUGUCAGAAAGUGAAUGGACAGUACAGUCCCAAAGUCGCGAUGGAUGUCAGUACAACGUGAGGAUGCUGGAAAACAAAUGCACCGACAACGAUUGCUUGGAUAGAUGCCUGGAGCUACCAUGCUUUGGAUUGUGCGCUCAUUUAUAUUCCUGCAAUUGUCUGGACACAGAAUUGAUAUGCAAACAUAUUCAUAAAGUCCAUUCACUACUGGUAGCAAUAUAUACAUCUGACGUCAAGACCGCUAAAGUUCCAACUGCGUUAUCAACGGAGGACGAGGAAUUCGCUUUUGUGGAACCUAUCGCAACAACUCCACAAAAAAUAGGAAGAUCUGAAAUUGAGAAAUAUGAAGAGAGCAUAGUGAAAUUAGGAGAACUCGUUCACAACCCUGUUGUUGCAUCAUUACGCUCACCCAACAUCAACAAACAACUGCAAGACAUUAUUACGCAGUGCAAAGCUGUAGCAAUGCUUUCCGCUGAUUCCGUUGACUCUAUGGCUGCUUUAACACCUAUUUACAGCAAAACAGAACGGGAAAUUAGUCCUAAUGAAAAUCUCGACACACAGUUGCGUCCUGGGCGUUUUGAAAAGACCAAAAAGGUUCCACUAAAGCGAAGAAGUAAUUAUUCAUAUCCGUCUUACGAGAAAAAACAGAUUAUUGUGGAUGGCAUUAAAUCUAACACCUACAUGAAUGUAGCUACAGUUGUUCCAGCACCAUUGGAAAAACAAAAACCUACCGUUCAAUCAUCUAAAAACAUCAAGGAACGGAAAAAAAAAUCAACCUCCAACAAAAGCAUCGGCUUGUCAACAAUUGUCGUUAAAAAUAAUUCCCCUAACCCUAAUGUGACACCCAGGGUGUUGGGAUUUGACGAUAUGCGAUUACCAUUGCUGAAGUUUGAUUGUGUCACAAUUACGUUUUUUUCAUUGCUGUCUUUGGAGGUCACAUUCACUGAAUCUGAACUGCGCGAACUCAAGAAUGUCGAACGUGGUUUAGACCUGGUUGGCUACAAGAUGAGAUCAUUACAGCUUAUUUGUUUCACCUACGCUGUAAAAACACCGACAUGAUAUAUCUUGAUCCGGCAGAGGUACUUGCUAUAGAUCGCUUCAAGUCUAUCAGAGGCUUAUUUUCAAAAAUCGACUUAGAUAAUAUCAAGUACGUGCUUAUACCAUACAACGACGGCGGCACACAUUGGAUUUUGACA